UCGACCGGCGCGGCUGCGCGAGCAUGCUGAAGCCGUGAGCGUUUCCCUGCAGGCUGGAUGUUCGUGGGCAAUCUGCGGGGACUUGCAUGGUGGACGCGGCAUCUCCGCUCCUUCUGCACCCACCCGCAGCUCCCACUCGCUGCCUGGCUCCGGCCGCUCAGCAUGUCCCUCAUGAGCGCGGGCGGCAGGAGGGAGAAACCCCCCAAGGAUACCCUGCGCCACAUCAAGUCCCGGGAGAAGAGGAAACAUGGGGACAUGCAUGGACCUUCCACCGUCUACCUGCAAGUUGUUGGGACAGGGAGUAGAGAAAAUGGCGCUUCGCUCUAUGUUUUCUCCGAAUAUAACAGAUAUCUCUUCAACUGUGGCGAAGGGACGCAGAGGCUGAUGCAAGAACACAAGCUUAAAAUUUCCCGUCUUGACAACGUUUUUGUGACCAGGAUGAGUUGGAGCAAUGUUGGAGGAUUAUCUGGUAUGAUUCUAACGUUGAAGGACACCGGUGUUCCCAAAUGUGUGUUUUCUGGACCACCGCAAAUUGAAAAAUACUUAUCUGCGAUAAGGACAUUCUCUGGCCCGUUACAAGGAAUAGAUUUAGCUGUACGGCCUUACACAGAGCCCCAAUACAUUGAUGAUACUAUGACUGUGCAUCAGGUGCCCAUAUUUGCCAAAUUGGACUCCCAAGCUAGUCCAGGUGGGUCCCCUGACCGAUCUAAUUUACCAAAAUCUGCAGAGAGGCAACAAAAAGAAUCUGAAGAUCAUCUAGAGGAAAAGCAAAAUGAAAAGCCAGAAAGAAGACCAAAAACGUCAACUAGAGAUCCUUCACUGGUAGUGGCUUUUGUUUGCAAGCUUCAUCCUAAAAAAGGCAACUUCCUUGUUAUGAAGGCAAAGGAGCUUGGUCUACCAGUGGGCACCUCAGCCAUUGGUCCAAUUGUUGCUGCCUUGAAAGCAGGAAGCAGCGUAGUGUUUGAAGGGAAGGAGAUCCGGCCUGAAGAGGUUUGCACGCCUGCUGAUCCGGGACCCACUUUCCUUGUGCUGGAAUGUCCCACUAAGGAGUUUAUUCAUCCUAUGUGUGAGAAUGAACAGCUCCAAAAGUAUCAGGUUGGAGGAAGUGAAGGCCCCACAGCGUUAGUUGUCCAUAUGGUGCCUGAGUCGGUUUUGGCGGAUGAUGUUUAUAAAUCGUGGAUGGCAAGGUUUGGGCCCACCACAGAGCAUCUAAUCCUCAAUGAAAAUAAUCAAACAAUCCACAAUUUGCGCAGCCAUAAGAUCCAGACGCAGCUAAACCUUAUUCAUUCAGAGAUCUUCCCCCUACUGAAAACCUUUCAGACCAAGGUUGAGUCUUCCACUCUCUCUGUGCCUGCUGUUCGAGGUCACUGCCUGCUGAAGUAUCAACUAAAACCCAAAUUUGAAUGGCAAAGGGAUGCUGUAGUUGAUGCUGAUACAGAAGAAUUUAUUAAAGAAGCGAUGGAAAUCCCAGGCUUCAGAGAGGAAGUUGAAGAAUGUAAACAAGUGUUGGCUGCAAACCCUGCUCUCCCAUCAGGGCAUAUGGAGAAAUACCCAGAAGUAGUCUUUCUUGGAACUGGUUCUGCGAUCCCGAUGAAGAUUCGAAACGUUAGCUCCAUCAUUCUAAAUGUAGACUCUACACGAUCUAUAUUGUUGGACUGUGGUGAAGGUACCUUUGGACAACUCUGUCGCCAUUACGGUAAUGAUGUGGACAGGAUCCUCUGUAAUCUCUCAAUCAUCUUUGUGUCCCACAUGCAUGCUGAUCAUCACACAGGCUUAAUAAAUAUAUUGUUGGAACGGGAAAGGGCUCUGGCUGCUCUGGGUGAGGUGUUUAGCCCAGUUAUACUUGUGGGCCCGUCACAGAUCAUGAACUGGUUGAAACAGUACCAUGAUCAUUGCCAGGAGAUCCUACACCAUAUCAAACUUAUCCCUGCAUGGCAUCUUGUGGAAAGUGCUGAAGGUAACAAGUUCAACACACAAGACUUGAUAAGUUCUUUGUUAAAGAACCUUGAAUUGGAAAAGUUUCAGACCUGUGUUGUACGUCACUGCAGAAAUGCUUUUGCCUGCAUUCUACAGCACAAGUUAGGCUGGAAAAUUGUGUACUCGGGAGAUACCAUGCCAUGUCCAAGCCUUAUUCAGACAGGGCAACAUGCAAAUCUGCUGAUUCAUGAGGCCACACUGGAGGAUGGACUUGAAGAAGAAGCUGUUGAGAAAACACAUAGCACAACUUCUCAAGCCAUUGAUGUGGGUAUGAAGAUGAAUGCAGAAUUUAUAAUGUUAAAUCACUUCAGCCAGAGAUAUGCCAAGAUCCCCCUGUUCAGUCCUGACUUCAAUGAUAAAGUUGGAAUAGCUUUCGACCAUAUGAGGGUUCGGUUUGCUGAUUUUAAGGUAGUGCCAAAACUCAUUCCAUCCCUGAAAACCCUUUUUGCGGAUGAGAUUGAAGAGAUGGAGGAGCGCCGUGAGAAGCGCGAGCUUCGACAGUUGAAGGAAAUCCAGAGCUCCUCGACUACUAAUGGACCUGUCGGUGAUGGAGCUAACAAAAUGAAACGGGAGCUCAAAGUACCUGAUCAAGAUUUGGGUCACAAAAGGAGCAAGUUGACUUGAGAUGCUGCUGUUGACGUUGUCCUAAAGCCCUGCUUUAUAACCUGGAGUAAUUAUUGUGAGGGGAAAGGCAAUCCUCUCUGACAAAAUAUUGAAUUGGUUUUGUUGUAUAAAUGAGAUUAUUGUACAGGCUGAAAAUGUGCAGUUUGAAUUAAAUCAGAUUAUAUUUGUUUUAUAUUUCGUUUUUUUUUAUAAUUUUAUCAUGUGUUUCAUCUAUGCACUGGAUGUUAUUUAUUCAGCAGACUUUAUUCCUUAUCUCUCUCUCUCUCUUCCUUUUGGAUGGAAUCGUCCUGACUUUUAAAUAAAGACAUAGGAAACAAGUCAGAGUCAUAGAACACUACAGCACAGAAUCUGACCCUUCAGCCCAUCUAGUCUAUGCCAAGCUAUUAAUCUGCCUAGUUCUAACCACCUGGACCUGGACCACAGCCCUCCAUACCCCUCCCAUCCAGGUAUCUAUCCCAAUCUUUCUUCAAUUUCAACAUCCACCAUUUCUGCUGACAGCUUGCUCCCUAUUCUCACUAUCUCAUGUUUCACCUUCCACCCUUAGCCCAUGAUCUCCCACUCUAGUCUCCCCCAACCUCAGUAGAAAAAGCCGGCUUGCAUUAACCCAAUCUCUAUACCCCUUGUAAUUUUGUGUACUUCUAUCAAACCUUCUCAUUCUCCAAAACUCGAGGGAAUGGUCUUAACCUUUCUGUAUAAUUCUAUGGCUCUCAGGUCCUGGCAACAUCCUUGUAAAUUUUUCUGCACUCUUCAAUCUUACUGAUAUCUUUCCUUUGGGUAAGUGACCAAAACUGCACACAAUGCUCCAAAAUAAGCCUCGCUAACAUAAACUUCAACGAACAUCCCUACUUCUGUACUCAAUACUUUUAUUUUUGAAGGCCAAUGUGCCAAAAGCUUUCUUUACGACCCUUUCUAUCUGUGACACCACUUUCGGGAAUUACAGGUUAGUAUUCACAGAUCUCUGUUCGACCACACUUUUUUAAAAAAAAGUUCUUUCUUUAGUUCUACUUGAGGACAAAUAAUCAUUUUUUUAAAAAAUGGGUUAUGUUGUGAUUACAAAUCACAUACCAGGCCACAGUUUGAAGUUUUCUCUUUAUUUGUAGUGGGGUAUCUUUCAUUUUUAAUUGCUUUUCAGGUUUCACCUCACUGGAUUAGAUGGUGCUGCUCCAUCUAUUGUUCAGCCGAAACACUCUGGCACUGCUCUGUUGACCUAUUAGCUGUAAUACAGCACAGAAUUACUUAGCCACCUUUCCAUUUAGAAAUUCCUCUGCCACAUUCAAUAAUAAUUCCAGCUGAGAUUGGGAACUCAGAUGGAGCAAGAAAUACACAGAGAAAAUCCCAAACCUUGCUUCAUAAUCCGGAUGCUGUGCAGCAAAUUCAAUGUUGAAAAGUGAUUGUUCACAUCUGAGUGGAUGAAUAAAGUCUUCAUUGUAAGAACAUUUGCUGAUACCAUAACCUUUUACUCAUUAUUCAUUGUACUGAAUACCUAAUAUAUUUUGAAUGUAAAAAUCAAUCAUUAGAAUAAACUUACUGGAGAUUUUGAAGCUGU